UUUUUUUUUUUUUCUCUUUUUUUAACAACGAUGUCUGAACUUAUUUUGGAUAUACUCGUUUUAAUCAUUGAAGAAUUAGAAGAUGAUUAUAAUACAUUAUUUAAUUGUCUUUUAGUAAAUAGUAUAUGGUGUAAAACGACCAUACCAAUCUUAUGGAAAAAUUAUUUAAAUUACGCACUUUUUAAAUUUAAAUAUGUUUCACUCAUUAAACUAUUUUUUUCAUAUUUAUCUGAAGAAUCCAAAAUUUUAAUGAAUGAAAAUGGUAUUGAUUUUAAUUUAUCUUUUAUACCACAAAAACCAUUAAUCAAUUAUAUAAGUUUUAUAAAAUCUAUCGUAAUUUUUGAUAUAUCAAAAGUUAUUGAAAUUUGUUUCAAUAUAAAACUUUUAGAAAAUCAAAAAUUAAUUAUAGAAAAAGAAUUUUAUAAUAUUAUUUUUAAUCAAUGUUCUAAUAUAAAAUGUCUUGACCUUUCUCAUGAAUUUUAUGAGAAUAAAUAUGAUAUGGUGAAUUAUAUAGAAAUAAAGGAUCAUCUAAGUAAUCUUGUAGAAUUCACUUGUACUCAAUAUAUUGACGAAAAAAUCUUUGAUGCUUUGGCGGAAAUAUGUGUAAAUAUCAAAAAACUUGAAAUAAGAAAGCGUAAUAAAGAUAAUAAUGGUUUAUUCAAAUUAAUACAAGCUCAACGUCAAUUAGAAUAUUUUUGUUAUAAAGGAAAAAAGAGUCGAACGCACGAUUGGGAUGUUUUUUGUAAAGAUAUGAGUGAAGCAUUAAUUAAGCAUUCAAAUACGCUCAAACACUUUAAUGCACCAAUUAGAUUAUGUAUUCCUCUUAUUACAUUAAAUUCUUUCAUAAAUUUAGAAACUUUAAUGUUAGGAUAUUCAACAAAUUAUAUUAACGAUUUACAUUUAAUUAAACUUCCAAAGCUUCAAUAUCUUAAGGUUUGUUACCUUACAAAAGUAAGAGAAUUAAUUCAAAAUACGGGUGGAUUUCUUAAAAGAAUCGAAAUUUAUAAACCACUUGUUGAAGCAGAAGAAAUCAUAAAGAUUAUCAGAGUUGUAUAUCAACAUUGUCCUCAACUUGAAUACUUUUGUUUCCCUUUUGUUGAUAAAGUUGGUGAUAUAUUAGAAGAAUUAUUAUUAAAAUGCAAUGAUUUAAAAAAAAUCAUUAUGAAUGGGUAUUAUUUAGAUGGGGAUAUAUUAUUAAAAAUUUUAAUAAAAUCAAUUUCGAAAAAAUUACAACAUAUUGAAAUUAAUGGUGAUUGGAAAUUCUCGGUGAAAGAAUUAGAAGAAUUUUUAAAUAAUUGGAAAGAAAGGAAUUGUUUACUUUAUAUUAAAUUUGAUUUAAGUAGUCAUUGUUCUAAAAAAGAAUUUUCUGAUAUAUUUCAUAAAUAUAUAGAUGAUGGGGUCCUUGAUCGUAAUUCAUGUAUUUUAAAUAAUUGAUUAUUGAUGGACGUUUAUAUAUUAUUAUUGGUAUCGUAGAGCGUGAUAUUAGUGGUAUGAUAUGAAUCAUAUGAGAUGUAUUAUGUCUACUUUUUAAAAAUAAAGACGAUCAAUAAAUUUUUUGUUAUUUCUGUUGUCA